AUGCAGAAAGUUUUUGCAGCUGAAGACUUCUCCAAGCUGAAGAAAAAACAAGGCGACUAUCUCACAGCUCCAUUUGACCCACGUUUUCCAAACACCAACCAAACUCGUAACUGUUAUCAGAAUUAUUUGGAUUAUUACCGAUGUGUGAAGAUUAUGAAAGCCAAAGGAAAGGACACUGCGGUAUGUGAGUGGUACCACAGGGUUUACAAGUCCCUAUGUCCAAUUUCUUGGGUAAAGCGCUGGGAUGAGCAGCGUGCACAGGGAACUUUUGCUGGCAAAAUAUGAAUCUCCCAGUCCUCUUCAUCUAAAAUGGAGAUACCCUUGGAAAGUCCUCACAAUGGCUAUUCUUACAACCCCAUCUAGAUUGAUCAACCAAGCUGUGAAUUGUUUCAGCAGAUUGAAUUAUUCAGAUAUGUUUGUGAACUUAUUUUUUAAAACCUACCAAUAAAAAAU